UCAUGGGGUUUCACUUUCUAAGACGAUGUCUCCAAAGACACCUGAAGAAAGAGAACGGAUGAGUCAUAUACCUUAUGCAUCAGCUAUUGGUAGCAUUAUGUAUGCGAUGUUAUGUACAAGACCUAAUGUGGCUUAUGCACUUAGUGUAACGAGCAGAUAUCAGUCUAAUCCAGGUGAAGAACACUGGAAAGCGGUUAAGAUAAUCCUUAAGUACUUAAGAAGGAAUAAGGAUAUCUUUAUGGUGUAUGGAAAUGGAGAACUGAAACUAGAAGGCUUUACUGAUUCUGGUUUUCAGUCGGAUAAAGAUGACUUUAAAUCCAUGUCUGGUUACUUGUUUACUCUGAAUGGAGCAGCGGUUAGUUGGAAAAGUUCCAAACAAGAAACAAUUGUUGACUCUACGACAGAGGCUGAAUAUAUUGUUGCAUCUGAUGCUGCAAAGGAAGCUGUUUGGAUAAGAAACUUCAUCCAAGGGUUGGGUGUAGUACCAUCUGUUGUUGAUCAAAUAAUGAUUUAUUGUGAUAACAAUGGGGCUAUUGCGCAAGCAAAGGAGCCAAGAUCUCAUCAAAGAUCCAAGCACAUUACGAGACGAUACCAUUUGAUUAGAGAAAUCAUUGGUAGAGGCGACGUCGUGAUGGAGCGAGUCGACUCAGCAGAAAAUAUUGCAGACCCCUUAACUAAGCCCUUGUCACAGAAA